AUGAACGUUGAGAUUCAAUCAUCUCUUUAUUCAUUACAGAUUUCAUCACACAACUGGCAUAUACCUCGGCCAUCACUAUCGAGUAAUGGUGGAAGCAUUAGCGAUUCGCGGUCCCGAGGCGGCUCCGCCUCCAGCCAAGGCUCAUCAAGUAAUCACAGCACUCACAGCGUGUCUUCGGGAUCGAUGUUGUUAAGUGCCGCGCACUUAGAGCGCAUGAGUUGUAGAAAUCCAGUUCAAGAGAAUUACGGAUGCUACCAGAAUAGGACUAUAAAUUCUGUGAAAAAACCUGCAACUGCUAAUGCGGUUAUGUCAAUUCCCGAGGAGACGGCCGUUCAGGCGCACGAUAAUUUUUGGAAUGACGUCAAACGUGGCUCUGAUGUAGGACAAGACGCAACGUCUGUUGCAAGCUCAACUCAUUUCACAGUAGUAAAUGGGUUCACGAAGCACCGUCCAGCCAAGGAGCCAAAGACCUGCUGUUGUGAUCAUUCACAUCAGAUAACCGUGCUUGUUAUCUCGAUGACCAUACUGUUCUCUGCCUGCAUACUCGCCGCUAUAUGCUUUGUUGAAAUGCGAAUGCGCAGGGAGACUGGCAUGUAUAAAUACUCUUAG